AUGCCAGGCGAUGGAUUCACGAUUAAAAGUCGCAUCAGGAAUUUGCUGCGUUCGCCCUCGACCAAGCAAAGGAAGAACAGGAGAGAGAACCUCACCGGCAAGGUGACUCUGGAGAAGGUUCUGGGCAUCACAGCUUCAGGAAACAGUGGUCUGACCUGUGACCCCCGAUCUGGACUCGUGGCCUACCCUGCUGGAUGUGUGGUAGUCUUGCUGAACCCCAAAAAGAACAGACAGCACCACAUCAUCAACACUUCAAGAAAGACCAUCACGGCUCUGUCUUUCUCCCCUGACGGCAAGUACUUGGUCACAGGAGAGAGCGGUCACCUACCAGCGGUGAGACUGUGGAACGUGGCAGAGCGAAGACAGGUGGCGGAGCUCCAGCAGCACAAAUAUGGCGUCUCAUGUGUGGCUUUCUCCCCCAACAGCAAAUACAUUGUCAGCGUGGGAAACCAACAUGACAUGUUGGUCAACGUCUGGGCGUGGAAGAAAGAUGUUGUUGUAGCAGCCAACAAGGUAUCCAGUAAGGUGACGGGUGUGUCUUUCUCCGAGGACAGCUCCUACUUUGUAACUGUGGGAAACAGACAUGUCAAGUUCUGGUAUCUGGAUCACUGCAAGGCCAGCAAGGCCAGUGCUCCUGUCCCUCUGCUGGGCCGCUCGGGCCUGCUGGGAGAGCUGAGGAACAACUUUUUCUGUGAUGUGGCCUGUGGGCGGGGUUCUAAGUCUGACUCCACUUUCUGCAUAACCUCCUCUGGUCUGCUGUGUGAGUUUAACAGCAAGAGGAUGCUGGACAAGUGGGUGGACCUACGGACGAGCGUGGCCCAGUCUCUGUCUCUGUCGGAGGAUAUGAUCUUCUGUGGCUGCGCUGAUGGAAUGGUGCGAGCCUUCAGUCCCGUCGACCUGCACUUUGUCUGCAGGCUGCCACGACCUCACCCCCUUGGCACUGACGUCUCGGACAUUACUGAGGCCAGCCACCUAUUUUCCACCAAAGCAGAUGACCGUUACCCAGCUGCCAUUGCUGUUACCUAUGACCCCAUCAGCCACUGCCUCACCUGUGUGUAUAAUGACCACAGUCUGUAUGUGUGGGAUGUGAGAGAUGUCAGCAGAGUGGGGAAGGUGCACUCUGCCCUAUUCCAUGCGGCUUGUGUCUGGGACCUGGAGGUGUUCCCAGAUGUUCCUGGGGAAAUGGGCACGGGUUUGUCAUCGGGCGCAUUUCUCAGUUGCUCAGCUGAUAAUACCAUCAGAGUGUGGCACAUGGAGGACCGGUCUCAAACUCAUGUUCAUUUUCAGAAUAUCCUCAGCAGUGACCUCUUGAAUAUAAUCUACAUAGACGGAAACACUGGUGCAUUAGUGGAUCCAGAAUGUAUGACAAAUGUGAAUGCUGAUAAAUCAGGGGAUGGACAGACAACAGAAAGCAGGACAGGCAUCAGGACCAUCUGUGUCAGUCCAGACGGCAAACACCUGGCAUCUGGAGAUCGCAACGGGAUGCUGAGGGUUCAUGACAUCAGCAGCAUGGAGGAGAUCCUGAAAGUGGAGGCCCAUGAUGCUGAGAUACUCUGCCUUGAGUACAGUAACCCAGAAACAGGUCUGAAGCUGCUGGCCACAGCUAGCAGGGACCGUCUGAUCCAUGUGUUGGAUGCUGAGGAUGACUACGGUCUGGUACAGACACUCGACGAGCACUCUUCAGCCAUAACAGCUGUCCGCUUUGCUGCCAAUGACAACAAGGUGAGGAUGAUCAGCUGUGGGGCAGACAAGAGCAUAUAUUUCCGCACUGCACACAAGACUGACAGAGGAACAGAGUUCAGGCGUUCUCACCACAUGGUGAGGAAGACCACACUGUAUGACAUGGGUGUAGACCCCACUUGCAAGUAUGCUGCUGUCGGCUGCCAAGACCGCUGCAUCAGGAUUUUUAACAUCAGCAGUGGCAAACAGAAGAAACUUUACAAAGGAUCACUGAGUGAAGAUGGAAGUCUGCUCAAGGUACAAAUCGAUCCUUCGGGUCAAUAUGUCGCCACAAGCUGUUCCGAUAAAAACAUCAGCAUCUUUGACUUUUACACUGGGGAGUGUGUCGCCACAAUGUUUGGACAUUCUGAGAUUGUCACUGGGAUGAAGUUUACCAACGACUGCAAGCAUUUGAUUUCUGUGUCAGGCGACAGCUGUAUCUUUGUCUGGCGACUGGCUCCAGAGCUGACAAUUAGCAUGAGAGAGAGGCUCUGCCAACUCCGACAAAACCCAAACACACCACCAUGCAGGACCUCCAGUCUCAGACGGGAGGUGUACAGCGCCCCCACUCUGGGUGGUUUGUCCUCAGACAGUGACCACGAGCAGGAGGGAGAGGAUGGAGCAGAGAACGCCGACCCCCACGACCUAGAAGACAGCAGAACCAAUACUUCCUCUGACAGCAGCCAUGGAGAGGAGGACACAGGAGGCUCAGAUGAAGGACAGGACUGGGAACUAUCAAAGCACGGAGUCAUCAGCCUGGUCACCCCUGACUCUGCUAAGCGUCCUCGGAGGCGCUGGUCUCAUCGUAUGGGCUCUCUGGAGCUGAUGGUUAAAUCCAUGCUGGACCUGAGGCAGCUGGAGACGUUUGCUCACAAGAAAAACCAAAACUGCCCCCCUCAUGAUAGUAAGAGACAGAGCACGUCCAGCCUCCAGGAGCCCAUGUUGGAGGAGAGAGCCAAGAGGCAUCGGCCCUGGCCACACACUGACUGGCUGUCCUCAAACCCAUCCAAGGGCAUCAAAGGGACUGAUGGAGCUGUGCUAUACCCCGAGGAGAAUGAGGACGACACAAGUCUACAGGACAGUGAUUACAUGGUGAAGGAGCAGCACUGCAGGACGCAAGGACAAGGUAUCCGCAGUGAGAGUCAGGACAGCCGCAGCCCAGACAGUGCUUGCUCCCUGGGCUACCACAGCAGGGAGUCCAGCCUUGAUCAUGUUCUGGAUGAUUCUGCAGAUGUGGAGUCCCUGAGCCAAGACAGCUCUGAUGAGGAGAAUGAAGAGAGGGAGGAAGAGGAGCAAAAGGCAGAAGUGACAAGUAUGGAUGAGGCUUUGAGGACAGUGACUGAUACUGCUGACGGCAGUCAAGAAGAUUUCCUCAAGCAGAACUUUGAGACGCUGGCAGAGAGCUGCAGCACAGCUGAGCAGAGCAGAGUCCCAAGGCUCAGUAUGUCUUCACGCUUCCUGGCCAGAGGACAUAAUAACAGGGGUGUGCCUAUAUUUGCCGAAGUGCAAGGAAAAGAACAAGGCAGCCACUCUACUAAGCCCCCAGUGUCAAAAGUGAGGCCCUUGAUGGAAGAUGGCCGGAGCAGAAACAUGAAAGACAAGACCCCCGUGGCAGAUGCUCCAGAGAGGGACUGUACUCCUACCCUUGGACCCCAAAAGAAGAAGACUUCAGGGUCCCAGCUGUGGAGGAUGUCCAACCCUCCGUCCAAAGCUCCGCUGCUGUUGGACGGAACGACAUGUUUAAAGAAAUCACACUCUACCCAGAACCUGGCCUCGGACUCUCUUCGCUCCCCUGUGCCGUCUAGUGACCGAAAGGAGUUAAGUAAGAGACCACAGCAGCUUUUCUUGGAUUGUGACAUACCAAGGCUGUCCUUCCACUUUUCUUCACCAUCCUCUGGCUCGCCACAGUCUCCCCAGUCCCCCCUGCCUUGGGAGAGCCCCAAACUCAAGCCCCAGUACUCCUACAUGAACCCCACAGCCAGCUCCAUGGCCAAAAGCAGCCGGUCCUCUUCUCUUGGGGACGGUAUCCAGAUGGGUACUCCAGAUAGCUCCCCCUCCUUCUCCAAGGACAGGAGGUCAUCUGGGGAGAUGGAAGUCGAGCCCCCACUGCUCACCUCAUCUCCAGUCACUGCGUUCCCAUCUUCUGUCUCAACAUCAUCAUCAUCAUCCAUCUUAUCGUGUUCUCUAUCAAACAGUCCCUCCCCUGCUUCUCCCUAUCUUACAGCUACAGUUUCACCCACUUCUUUUAUCCAGAACAUCCCACCCUCUCGCAUACCGCUUCCGAAGCAACCUCUCAGCCCUCGACGCAGCCUCUGCCUGGAGGUAAAACCAAGCUCAAGUUGGUCUGGUGGCCUGGCGAGGGGUUCUACAGUAGACCCUGGAUGUUAUGUUCCAGGAAACAAACAAGCACUAGGUAGACAUCUGUCUUUAAGUUUGGAUCUUUCUUUGCCAAGUUCAUUACCAGUGAAGCAGAGGAGAGGCUCAUUUUCUGAGAGUGCCAAGGAGCCAGGAGAGGUGGUUAUUGCUAAAGAGUGCCCUCUGGUGCCCGAACAGGCCCACACAUCGAGUGCUGACCCCCAGCCAGAUCACUCUAUCACCUUGGAAACUUGUAAGCAGGCUGUUACUGAGCUUCAUAACACUCUGAGGAAAACCAUCAUGCUCUACACUACGGUUCUACAGUGGGGCCAACAGCCCAGUGAAGAUCAACAGCAGAUGAGCAGGAUCCUGUCCGAGGCCCUGUUCACAGUUAAGACUGAGCUGGACUCUCUGCCUCACCCCACCUCACAGUGUGAAGGGCCCCAAUUGGACCAUGGGGUCAAAGGUGAGGGAGAGAAGGCCCUUGCUCUGCUGGAGCAGUACGCUGAGCUGCUCCUGAAGUCUGUGGAGAGGAGACUAGAUACCAAGCCCUGAGGAGAUAGACUGAUGUUUUCUGUGCACAUAUGCUAACAGGAGCCAGACACACGGACACAUGAACACCCAGUA